GUCCCCUAGACUCCCACCUCGAAGCUGGAAAACGAGGUGUUUCGGCUUUGCUGUCACGGACGAGGACACAUGGGUGCUAACGCACGAGUACUCGGGCGACGUCAAGCGACCAAUCCAUGCAUUGGGCCCUCGCAGCCUUACUUUGGAGGACCCGCCUGGGCAGGUGGAAAAGACCCUUAUUCCUGACGUUGACAGUGCCGUCUUGCUAAGCAAUGUGCUUGCACCUUCUGAGACAAAGCAGCUCAUCGCUUUAACCGAACGCCUCGGCUUUCUGGACUUCAGUCCGCGCAAGGACACCACGCUGCCAAGCUGCCAUAUGGUUGUGUGCGACGAGCUUCUUUCGACCAUCUUUGCGCGAUUUGCUGCACAUUUGCCACCGGGUGAACGGGACUCACGAGCCGAGGCCUUCAACGGGCGCUGGCGAAUCUACAAGUAUGGCAUGAAUGCCACCUUCCGUCCACAUGUGGAUGGAGGCUGGCCCUACCAGGGCCUCACCAAGGAGGGAGAACUCAAAGAUGUGUUCUCCUCGCAGCGAUUCACGCAGAUGACGUGCCUCCUUUAUUUGAACGAUGACUUCGACGGAGGUGAAACUACCUUCUUCUCAUCGCGUAUUCCUGGCAAGCUGGCAGUGAGCGCCAAAGUGACUGCAAAGGCAGGUAGCGCCCUCUGCUUCUUCCAUGGUGGACAUCCAGCAAGCCCCUGGCACGAAGGCUCUCCAGUUUUGCAAGGUACCAAGUACAUCGUGCAGUCGGAUCUUGUUUUUUCAACGCUGCCGGACUAUGCCGUCAUCUACGGCACGAUGAACCUCUUCUCCUAUGCGAACCGGGCCCUUGCAAAAGCCAUCGGCGACUUGCAGGACCGUUCGGAAUCAAGC